AUGAAAAAUCUUAUCUUCAAAUCGAUUGGAAAGUUCUCACAGGUUAAAAAUAGUUAAUACUUCGUACAAUUAGAAAAUCAAUACGGAUGUCAUAAUUACCAUCCAUUGCCUGUAGUGAUUUCAAGAGGAAAGGGAAUUUAUGUUUGGGAUCAAGAAGGAAAGAAAUAUAUGGAUUUUUUAGCAGCAUAUUCAGCAGUCAAUCAAGGACACUGUCAUGACAAGAUCUAUUAAGAAUUAAUUAAAUAAGCUUCUUAAUUGACUUUAACUUCUAGAGCAUUUUAUAACAAUAAAUUAGGAGAGGCUGAAAAGUAUAUUACCUAAUUAUUCAAAUAUGAUAAAGUGUUGUUUAUGAAUUCAGGAGUAGAGGCAGGAGAAUCAGCAGUUAAAUUUGCAAGAAGAUGGGCAUACAACGUAAAGAAGGUUCCUGAAAAUCAAGCAAGAGUUCUAUUUGCAAAUGGCAAUUUUUGGGGUAGAACAAUCGCUGCAUGCGGAAGUAGUGAUGAUCCUGAAAGAUAUAAUAAAUUUGGACCUUUUGGAGGAUUAAACUUUGACCUUGUUGAUUACAAUAAUCUUGAUGCAAUUGAAUCCAAGUUUAAAGCUAAUCCAAACUAUGCUGCCUUCUUCUUUGAAGCUAUACAAGGUGAAAAUGGAGUAAUAAUUCCUGAUUCAAAUUAUUUGAAAUAAGUAAGAUCAUUGUGUGAUAAAUACAAUGUUUUGAUGAUUGUUGAUGAAAUCUAAACAGGGUUAGGCAGAACAGGAAAAAUGUUAGCUGUUGAGCAUGAAAAUGUGAGACCUGAUAUGGUGUUGUUGGGAAAGGCAUUAUCAGGAGGAUUCUAUCCUAUAUCUGCUGUUUUGGCUGAUGAUUAAAUUAUGUUACAAAUCAAACCUGGAGAACAUGGAUCCACUUAUGGUGGCAAUCCUUUGGCAGCCAGUCUAUGCAUCAAAGCCUUGGAAGUGUUAUAAGAAGAAAAAAUGAUUGAAAAUGCUCAUAAUUUAGGCAAAGUUAUGGAGAAAAGAUUAGUUGCAUUAAAGAAAUACAACAAUGUCACACAAAUUAGGAGCAGGGGAUUAAUGGGAGCCAUCCAAUUUUAAGAUGGAAAAGGAGAUGUUGCAUGGGAUUUCUGUUUGAAAUUGGCAAAAGAAGGACUUCUUUGUAAACCUACUCAUAAGACUAUCAUGAGAUUAACUCCACCCUUAAUAAUAAAUGAAGCAGAACUUAAUUAGGCAUUUGAUACGAUAGAGCAUAUAUUAAAAUCAUUAUGAAGAAAUGAGUGUAUAAAUUAAAAACAAUAACUUAUUAA